AGACCGACUCAACUAGUCGUCGGAGUUUAAACCCGCCAAACGGAAAUCCCGUCUCAAUCUGACAAAUUUCAAUACCUGCAACCUCCGUUCUUUGCCCUAACGGUCCGGUUUAGGGCUUUUCUCCCACCACCUUCACAACUCCCAAUUCGUCGCCAUGACUGAGUAUUGGGUUAGCCAGGGUAACAAAUGGUGUGACUUCUGCAAAAUCUACAUAUCGCACAAUCCUUCCAGCAUUAGAAAUCAUGAGCUUGGUCAACGACACAAGGAUAAUGUUGCUAAGAAGCUUGCUGAUAUGUGAAAAGAAAAAGCUGCAAAGGAGAAGGAAUAAAAGGAAGCGGAGCGCGCCCUUCUGCAAAUUGAAGCAGUGACGCAGCGCAGCUAUCAAAAGGAUGUGGCAAACUUAAAGGAGGCUAAAGAUUCUCAUGUAGUUGAGGUUGAUGAUGAUGAUCUAGAGAAAUGGCAGUAUAACAGCACAUCAGGUUAUUACUACAAUCAAAGUAAUGGUUUUUACUAUGAUACGAAUGCGGGCUUCUACUAUUCUGAUUCUAUAGGCAAGUGGGUGACACAGGAAGAGGCAUAUGCGAACCUGCAGUUCUUAUCAAAUGCUGGAUAUAAAAAAACCAUUUUGAAAAAGCCAGCGUCAACCUCAGGUGCAGGAUCAGCUACAGAAAACAAAGGUGCUGAUAAAGCUCAAAACGGGCCUCCACCUGGGCCAGUGGUUUCAUCUUCAUUAAAUCCUAAGAGAUCUGUUAAAGGUGCUCCUUCGUCUGUUGCUGUUGGAAAGAGAAAGAGAGAUGAGAAGCCAAGGGCUAUAUCCGUCGAAGAAGCAGCUGCACUUAAAGCAAGGGAGGCUGCAAGAAAGAGAGUUCAAAGAGAGAGAGAGAAACCAUUGCUUGGCCUUUACCGGCCGCAACAGUUUGGCUGCUCUAGCAAGUUCAUAUCUUUAAGGACUUUCACUCAAAAGGUAUGCUUUAAGUUUUCCUUUUCCUUUUCUUUUAUUGAACCAGAUCUUUCUCCCAUCUUUUUCUUUUAUCCCCUGCAUGUUCUUAUUUUUAUGACGGAAGGCUGUCGAAAUAGAGUUAAUGUCUUCUAGUUAUUUCAUUAUUUAGUUUCAUCAGUAUUUUUAAAGGUGUUUCUAGUGCAACCCUUAGUGGCCAAGUGUUUUUUUUAUCAGCUCAACAAGCAUAUAUGUUUUUGCAUUGAACAUUUUUUUCGAACUUUAUAUACGUAAAUAUACAUAAAUAUAAUAUCAUUAGGAGAACUCUUUUGGUCAAUCAUCAUAUAUGAAACGUUAACUAUGCCCCUAUUACCUUACCAAAUUAAUAAUAGGGUUAUAAACAAAAUAGUAUUUUUUCCGUACAUUUGAUCUCCUCACUGGAAUGUCUUGGAAGAGACGGGUAUAGCAUGGCUCACUGACCUUUUCAAUAGGAUUUUGAAAACGAAGAAGAUGCCAAAUGAGUGGCGAAAGAGCACUUUGGUGCCUAUCUACAAGAAUAAAGGUGACGUACAAAAUUGCAUGAACUAUAAGGGUAUUAAGCUAAUGAGUCAUACAAUGAAGCUUUGGGAGAGAGUCAUUGAGCAUAGAUUGAGGCAAGAGACACGGGUUUCGGACAACCAAUUCGGAUUCAUGCCAGGGCGCUCAACCAUGGAGGCAAUCUAUCUCUUACGAAGAAGAUUGAUGGAAUGAUAUAGGGAUGGGGAAAAGGAUUUACACAUGGUCUUUAUAGAUUUGGAAAAAGCGUAAGAUAGGGUCCCAAGAGACAUUCUUUGGAGGAUUUUAGAGAAGAAAGGAGUACGAGUAGCAUAUAUCCAAGCUAU